AUGGCAGAUAAAAAGAAAUGCCGUAAAUCUAUUACCUUGGAUAUGAAGCUUAAAAUUAUUAGAUUGUAUGAUGAAGGUGUAAUUCAAGCUGAAAUAGGCCGAAAGCUAGGCUUCACUAGGACCACAAUUAACACAGUCAUGAAGAACAGAGAAAAAAUUGUUGCAGAAGUUAAAAGUGCUACACCUGUUAACACCACAACAAUUCGAAAAAGGGAUAGCAUUGUUGCAGACAUGGAGAGACUCCUAAUACUUUGGAUAGAAAAUCAGACAACACGCCAUGUUCCUGUAAACCAGGCAAUUAUACAAAGUAAAGCCUUAAGCUUAUUCAAUGACCUGAAGGCUAAGAAAGGUGAAGCAGCAAAGGAUGCUGAAUUUGUUGCAAGCCGUGGAUGGUUUAAGAAGAGGUCUAAUCUACAUAACAUCAAAGUACAAGGAGAGGCAGCUGCUGCAGAUACUGAGGCUGCAGAAAGCUAUCCAAGUGAAUUUGCAAAAAUUAUUGAAGAUGGAGGCUACUCCAUGGAUCAAAUUUUUAAUGUGGAUGAGACUGGUCUAUUCUGGAAGAAGAUGCCUGCAAGAACCUUCAUUGCAAGACAGAAAAAAUCAAUGCCAGGCUACAAGCCAGCUAAAGAUAGAAUAACCCUUCUGUUAGGUGGCAAUGCUUCUGGUACCUUAAAGCUAAAGCCUUUGUUUAUUUACCGUUUUCAAAAUCCAAGAGCUUUGAAGAACUACGUUAAAACUAGACUUCCAGUGCAUUGGAGGGCAAAUAAAAAAGCAUGGGUAACUGCAGCCCUUUUUGAGGAUUGGUUUGACACCUGUUUUGUUCCAGAGGUGAAAGCUUAUUGCAAGGACAAUAAUAUCCCUUUCAAGAUUUUGCUGCUUGUUGAUAAUGCUCCUGGACACCCUCGAACGCUAGAUGAGCUCAACCCUAACAUUAGAGUGGAAUUCCUACAACCAAAUACCACCUCAUUACUGCAGCCCAUGGAUCAAUGUGUCAUAGCUGCCUUCAAGUUAAACUACUUAAAAAGAACAUUCAGUAAGUGUAUUGCAGCAAUAGACAAAGAAGAAGGUGCAGGGCAAGAAGUCCUAUCGAAAUUCUGGAAAAGCUACAACAUCUUGGAUUGCAUUAAAACUGUAAGAGAUGCUUGGAAUGACAUAAAGGAUACCACAAUGAAAAGGGCCUGGAAAAAGUUAUGCCCACAGUUAGCUGAUGAUUCUGAAGGCGUUGAUGAUUCUGUAGCUAAUGUUACUGAAAAUAUUGUAGAGAUGGCAAGGCAGUUAGAGCUGGAAGUAGAGCCAGAAGAUGUUGCUGAACUGCUUGCGUCCCAUACUGAGCCCCUCAGCAAUGAAGUUCUUCUAGAACUUGAAGAGGAGAGAGAAGAAGAAGAAGAUGUGCAAAAUGGGGUUGAGACCAUUGAACAGCUUGAAGGCUUAACUUCAAAAAUUCUCUUUCAAGCUUUCCAUCAUCUUGAUAGCGCCAUGGCUCUUUUUGAAAAGCAUGAUAGGGACUUUGAAAGAAGCUUCACAGUCAAUGGUAACAUUUCAGGGGCUUAUUCCUGUUACAAAGAAAUCUACAGAGAAAAGAAGAGAGCUACACUUCAAACCUCCAUAGAGACUUACUUUUCUAAAAGUCCAUCAGCACGCAGAUCAUCAUCAUCGACAGACAGUCAUUUGGAUACCAGAUCAUCAACUGACAGUCCAUUUCCAGCUCUGGCAUCACCACCCAGUCCUGCUCCUUCUCUUAUUGCUACUUGUAGUACACCCAAUUCGCCAGCAAGAAAGCGUCUCGCCUUUGAAGAGUUGACUUGUGAAACAGAAGACACCAGUAUGACUUCAUCCUUACUAGAAUAA